AUGAAAGAUCAGGACCGCUCAGAUGCAAGACAAUUUAUCCAGCCUCGCGCAGAAUACAUGGAUCUCAAAGAAAUAAGAACCGAACGCUCAACCAAAGAACAAAGGGCUCAUCGAGUGGCUGAUUAUACGCCUCUCCAUCCAUCAACACGCUCUUGGGAGGUGCCAAGGGAUCGCGUGUCUGUAGAAAAAAUCAUUGGUAAAGGAGCUUUUGGUCAGGUUGCUAAGGGAAAAGCUGAGCAACUUCAUGGGAGGCUUGGGACAAUUACAGUGGCUAUCAAAAUGCUCAAAGGUAUGAUCUUUCAUAUCGUAAAAAUAGUUUAUAUUCAGCUGAAAUUUUCAUUUUUUCGUUAUUGGUUCUUACUCUCCAUGCUUUUAAGAUGCUUCCUACUGUUUUUUUUAUUUAACUGUGAGAGUGAUAAUACUUACAGCAUCAUACACGCUUGACACGCGUGCAAAUCCUAUGCACUGCACGUGUGCAGUCCGCUCCUCUUUAAAUGGUUUCUUCUAACGCUAAAUUUGAAUGAUCGAAUUUUGAAUGGAGUUUUGGAAGUCAAAAGAAAAAAAUUGUGAAGCAUCGUUCCUCCAUUAAAUGGUAACACAAUCAUAACUGCUUCAACGAAUAAGGAAAGUUGAUUUUUUCCUAGAAAUUUUUGCUUAGCAUGUGACAAAAUUUGUCAUUCAGGGGCACCAUUUUACCUGUGUUCGCAAACAACAAACUUAAUGAUCACAAAAUUUCUCCCGCAACGAAGAUCGAUUUCUCUAUUUCCGUUCCUUUGAGCAUUUCGAUUUCAAUGUUUGGCUCUUCUUGAAAUGAGGAUGAAAGUCAAUUUUUAAGUUAUCUAAUGUGCUGCGGUAAAAUUGUGUCACAUGAAAGGAGCUAAUUAUCAACUCAAGAGUAGGAUUAAAUGGAAGGGGGACUGUUGAAGUGAAUGAUGUUUGAACGCUCAACAUAGCAUAUUUUUGGAAUACAAAUCCCCACAGCUAUAGUAUGGACGAUGAUGAAAUCCUUUCAUAUUCUGAGUUGGCUUUAUCUCUAGGUAACGCUGCAGAAUCUGACAAAAGAGAUUUGAUGGCGGAACUUGACACAAUGAAGCAGCUAAAACCACACCCUCAUGUCAUCAAACUUUUGGGAUGUGUUACGGAAUCUGGUGAGCUGAUUAAAGUCUCUCUCCCUCGUAACUUUUUUCCCUGACAAUUUAACGUAACGUGGUUAAAUGAUAAGUUGUCUCACGAUGUAUGUCAUGUUUUACAAUGCAAUAGCAUCUCGAGAAAUUUGACUGACUUGACGUGGACUCAAUUGCAACAUCACUUGCAGUAAACUUUAUCGAAAACAGUACAGGCGGCGGCAAAUAGGUUUUCUCCCCACUUAAGAGGCAGUUCUUUGUUGGGCGGUCGCGUGAACCACCAGGCUCUAAUAGAAUUUAGCGCUGACUAUACAACGUUUCAGUCCCAGUUGCAGGCAUUUUACAUAUACAUUUUACAUAUGAAGCGAGAUACCAUGCCUUGGUUUAUAUAUUUAUAUGAGAAAAACAUUAUACACUUCGAAAGGCACAAUUAUAAUAUACUUUGGUGGUAAACGUUAAAUAUAUAGAUAGAGUAAUCAUUUCGCAGGUUAUGGCGAUACAUAACUAUAGGUCCUUACCGGCCUGUUUCGUGAUAACUCACUCAUCAAGGGAUUUUGUUGUCAAGAAUAUUCGUAACCAUCGUUUAUAUGCUUUACAAAUUUGCAUACUAGGCGUGGCGGUAAAUUUAAAUGCUUUGUUCACUUGUUACGCAGUAACGCUUUGUUUCUGUGGCGGCAUGAGGACACGAGUUCAUAGCGUUUAUUCAGGUCGGCAGAUGAUGACUAAUUUUUCUUUGAGGCAGAGGUUGCAUCUUUUGUUCGCGCUGUUGUAGGGUGAUCUUGAUGAAAGGAUGCGCCUUGAAAUAAAGUGGUCGAUGUUAUUUUCUUAUUAGGGUCCAGAUAUGUUUUCUGAGUUCGGUAGAGUUUCUGUGUUUUGUGUGUCGGAAUGAUGCGGUGUGGUUUCUGUAUCUAGUCAUGGUUUGAUGACACUAUGGGCAGCUACGACUGUGCUGAAACAUGCGAGCUAGUAGGAAGUUUACUCCUUUCCCAACUGCCAAACCUCAGCAUCAACAUCGGACUUAACCGAGACGAAGGACUGACCAUUUCAAACGGCACACCGAGAGGUAAAGAAAACAGCGAAAAAGGUUACAUGCCGCAUCUUUAAUCACAAUGGGCUACGGAUCACCAUCGCAUCACAUCUGGACCUAAAUAACAUUGACAACUUUGUUUCAUAGCGCAUUGUCUCAUCAUGAUCAACCCACUCUGGCACUAUUCAUAUCGCCUCAUUAGGGUAUGUAUUUCGUACCAAUAAGAUCCCGCAUUAGUUUAUGCACGUAGCACUGAUCAGAUGGCUGCAGUAGGGUAUGUAUCUUGCUUUAAUCAGAUCGAUGGUUCAUGUCUUUCGUGGGGGACUUCGUCGCUGUGAUUUGUUGGGCUUAGAAAGGUCGUAAGGGAAUCCCUCUACCAUUUAGAUGUGUUCUGUGUACCGCUUCUUUUCUUGCAACGCACACGCCGCUAGCAAAAGGCCUAACAUUAGAUUAUCACGGGAGCGUUUGUUUUGUAUUAUCUUAUUUUGGUGACUGGUGAAAACUACAUAAAGCCUUUGCAUAAAAAAAAUUGGUGCUGCAAUCUUGUUUAUGCCUUGUUGCUGUUCUUUUAGCGAAGCUUGAAAAGAUCACGCUUUGUUUUAUUUUUUUCCCUUUUUCUUGAGUCCCAUUAAUUUCAAACGGUAAUUUCCCGAUACAGUUACGUGUUUACUUUUAACUAUGAAACAGUUCUAAUCCAAUGAAAUGUCAUAUUCCAGCAAACAUUCUCAAUUUAGCGACAUAAUCCUACCAAAAAUUCACAUGUAGCUUAGGAUGUUACUGUUAGACGAUUUCUAAGCAAUUCUCCCGUGCUUCUACGUUUUGUGCCAAUCAAAUUCGCUUUUAGCUACCUUGGACCUCACCCCAUCACGUGUCAAUUCCUUGUAAAGAACCUGCAUUUUAUCAUUUAUUCCGCACGCACGCGGCAAAGUCUAGAUAGACAACAGCAAAACAAAGGAGUCCACAUUGUUAAGACCAAUAGAAAGCCUUUAAAAUAUAAUACUUUAUUCUUUGUUCAAAUAUUAUCACUUGUUCAAAGAACAAAGACGGCAAAAAUGUUUGGUUAGAAGUUAUUGGAGAUAAAAUAGAGUUUCUUUGGUCGGUUUGCUUUCCACAGCAAAAUAACGUGGAAUAAUAUUUUUGAGGCAGCUAGCUGUAACUGAAUAAUUUCGAUCUUGUCUCUGAAGAAGAAAGUGAAGAAAUGGCAGUAACCACGGCAGGCCGUUAUCAUUAGUGCCAAAGGACGCGAGUUUCCCUGCCCGCGGAAAUUUUUGAAACAAUUCAGCGCUAAUUAUCAGUGUUAGACAGUUGUCUCGCCACUUCCAAGUCGCCACCAUAUGAUACAAAUUCAAAGCAUUAGGUGACUCUUCAGUUUGAUCUUGAGUCUCCUGGGCAUCGCCGUAAGAAUGUUACGGGCAAUACCGCAGAGCCGUGCUAAAGGCUCAACAGUUUUUCGAAGAUGGCGGAAGGUGAGUCAAAUGCGUGUAACGAUCGGAAAGGCACCAAUUUGAUAUGAUCAAAGAUGACAACAAGAUAUUAAACGAACUAUCAGACGAUGAAGUCUAGCCUAUAAAUAUUUGGAAUGUACAUCAAAGGAAAAGUGAUAUUAAAUUUUCAAUCGAAUGUGAACGAAGAGCAAGAUCGAGAAGACAUGUCGAUCGCAUGUAUUUUUUGUCGACAAAAUGAGUGUUUUGAGGUUUGUAAGUUCACAAGGCAAUACUUGUAAUACUUGGAAUACUUUUUACCCUUAAAAACAACGAGCAACAAGUUAGAGCUUCAGCAAACGUAUGUUUAUUUAAUCAAACAUUUAAUAGCUUUACUUAAAACAAUUACAGCAAUGGCUAGCCCUGGUGGCGUGAUCGAUUACACUUUGGUGGGGGCUUGAUGGUGGCGAGGAGACUGGGUAUCUUGCAGAUCUCUCUCGGGCUCGUGUGACUCAAGGCCUCAUACUUUUCCGUGAGUGAGGAAACUCACGUGCCAAAAUGCUAAUAAUGAGGGCCUGCUCACAGACUAGCGUUAUCUCCUUCGCAGUCGAUGUUUGGUCUCGUCACGCUACAGGGGGAGAGAAUGCGUUGCGUGACGAGAUCAAACAAUUAAAAACCACGAUUGCGAAAAAAAAAAUAAAGUCUUUAGACAGGCCCAAAUGGCCCAUGGCUUAACUCCGGUUUCCUUAGCAUGAAGCGGCUAGGAGGAUUACUAUUCCCCCUUGGAUGGGAUACUAAUCCAUCGCAGGGUUACCCCCAGCAUAUUUGCUGGUACCCAUUUGUACAACUAGGCGAAGAGAAGCACUGUGAGAAUAAAGUGUCUAACCUAAGAACACAACACAAGGACCCUGGCCAGCGCUCGAGCCCGGACCACUCGAUCCGGAGUCGAGCGCACUAACCAUGAGGCCACCGUUGUGAAGGAGAGUACAAUUUUUGCCUACAAUCAUUUAAGUAACAGUGACAAUAGACAACGAAAUACCUGUUUCUAACUUGAUUUCAGAUUAGUCUGAGGUUCUUUUCCCUCUCCAUCGAAGAUAUUUUUGUUGAAAUCUUUUGAAAAUGAAACUAUUUUUUAGAAAAAAUUGCAAACAUCAGUUACUUAGUGACCCAUUCCAACCCACUCAUCCCAAAAGAUAACUCUUGCGUGCGUAGCAUGCCUAAUAAAAUGUCUCUUUAUCACAUUAACAUAGUUACCAAGCUGGUUAGACUGACUUAGCAUAGUGUAACCGGGGACAAGUUAGGUACCAUAGUUUUACUAUGUAACGAAACUCCUUAACGUAAAAAAAAUUCCUUCAUCAUUUCUUACCUAUUUUCUUAGAGCCGCUGCUGGUGUUGAUAGAAUAUGUUCCUUUUGGAGACCUGCUGGGCUACCUGAGAAAGAGCCGUGGACUUAAUGACACUUAUUAUAAAGACCCGGAUAUCAAACCACAAACAAACUUGAGAUCACAGCAGCUGAUGAAGUUCGCAUGGCAAAUCGCUGAUGGCAUGAGCUACUUGUCGUCGAAAUCUGUAAGUUUAAGGAGUUUGGAACUAUUUGGCACAUUAAAUCAGAUAGAAAUGGUUCUAAAUGUUUAUCUUUUUUAGAAAUAAUUCUGCUACCUCAUAACACGUAAUUGAGGAAUUUCGUAACUGUCGAGUAUUCGAGUGUCAAAUAGUAGAAAGAUGCCUCUACAUCUUCUUACCAUUGGACGGGACACUUGUCUGAAGGGCACACAGAUUUGAAUAGUGAUAAUGAUCACAAUUUUUACCAUGACAAUGAUAAUAGUAAUGAUGACAAUGACAAUAAUAAUGAUAUUUACAAUAAUGAUAAAUAUCAUUAUCCUUUUGAGCUGGGGCAAAUAAUCAGAAAAAGUGUUUUUGUUUGCUUGUUACUGAAGGAAUUUCGGGUUUCCUCGAUUUCAUUGUGGUUACCGCCUCGAAUUGGAGGUGAAGCCACAUGUCGUCGGAAUUAGUGAGUUAGUGAUGGUAAGUAACAAUAGAAUACCGAAUUUCACCCGAUUUCGACCCGAUGUUUCCCGGUGUUACUUAUUUUUUGAGUAGUUUGAUAUUCGCACUGACUUCACAGUUGAGUUAUUUACUUUUGGGAUUCCUAGCCUAUUGCCUCUAAGGCAUUAUGUUAUCGUCCUUGUAAGUCCGUAAGUAAAUAAGAAAUUGCGAGACUUUUCGGAAGCUGUUUAAGAAAUCUCACGCAACCACUUUAGAAUUUACCUGAAUUAAUUGAAUCAAUUUUCACCCUUUAACACCUGCUUUUUACAAUUAAUACCUAGUAACGUUGCAUCAAAUGUCACCUUAUGAGUCAACAGAUAUGAAACACGAGCCAUAGGAACAGUCAAAGUUCACUGCUGACUGACUCAAUUCAAUCAUCUUAUGUAAACGUUGGCGGCUGCCGCAUGUGAAAGAAUGUUCUCAAUAAUAAGAAUACCGAACUUCACUUUAUAAUUUGCCUCUGUCUAUCUUCGUUGUUUCACAUUCUCUCUCCAUAUCAUCUACCACAACCGCGUUUUAAUCAGCGAAUUAUGCCUACUAGAUUCGAAAAUUAAAAUUUGUCAGGAUUUGCCUUGACACUACGAAAGACUUCAAAUAAAUUCACAACCUCUCCGACGCGUAAUUUUAAUCACGAACAAGGUAGAACUUGUCCUAGCAAAAAAAUGGGGAAAAAGGUGUGAUCUACCCGUCAUGGAAACUUUGAGGGAAAAUGUUCCUCUUUGUAGAAAGAACAUUAUAUUGUCUGAAACAGCCACAUAUGCCCGAGAGUCGCUAAAUUUGGGAAGCGAGCAAUGAGCGAAGUUUAACAGGCUGAUCCUAUUCAGCGGAACAAUGGAACGGUAGAUUGUUGCAACGGUGGUAUGACGUAAUAUUCUUAAACACGAAAUGAAGGAAUGCCUUGUUGUAUGAAACAAAAGUCUCACAAAAAUAGAACUGGGAUGUAAUAAGAAAACUAUUUUUAAAGAACAGGCAAAAUCAAAGAAGCAUUGUCUGAUGAUUAUUGGAGCUCAGAGGAUGGAGGAAUCGUGAGGCUUUUGAGCUAGUUGCUCUUAAUUGUCAUUACCAUUGUUAUCAUUAUUAUUAUUACAGUAAUGGUUGGAACCCGAGGGUAACAUGUAAUAGUGUAGUUUGAUCGUCCGGGUGAGUGUAGUCCUGAGAAGGACUGUUGUCGGUAGUGGUGACUAGUCGACACCAGUCACCACUACCGACAUUAUUAUUGUCAAUAGGACUAUUUGUUACCGUUUAAUUACAUGUCUAUUAGUCACUAUAUCCUUGAAUCAUCUUUAAUUUCUCAUGUGAACAGGGUAGUCAUAUUAUAUAUAUAUGUACAUCAUAUUAUACAAACUCUGUUAGUGUUCAAUGCCCUAAAAAUUGUGCUAUAGUGGUUACGUGUAAUCUCAGACCAGCGGCCUAUUUUUUUCUCCUUCCUGUUAGAUCAUCCACCGAGACCUCGCAGCUCGUAACGUGCUGGUCGGAGAAAAUGAAACAUGUAAAGUAACAGAUUUCGGAAUGGCUAGAAAUGUGCAAGAGGAAAAUAUCUAUGAGAGAAAGACAAAGGUAAUUAGAAAGAAAUAGGCUUUGCUUCAGUCCAUGACAUGUAUUUGUCAUGAGUGUGCUCUGUUCUGUUGUAAACCACGUAGGAGGCGGCUAGAUCACGAAAGAAGCCAAGUGUAGGGAGAAACAUAAGACGUAGUCGAGUGUUUCUCUCCACUUCUUGAGUGCUCCACCUGCUCUCUAAGUGCUUUACAACAGAACAGAGCACAGUGAAGGCUUCUCUAUUUGUUUCAUAAUAAAUAAUCCUUUAAAUUCCCUACGCGUUACUUUUAGUUUUCAAAACAAGCUUUAUUUCCAAUGCGAGCAACAGUGUCGUCAGCAUACUCUAUACCCUCAUAAGGCACGCUACAAUAAGCUUAUCAGAAUCUUUGUUGGAAUGGUUCAAAUAGUCUGAUUGGUUGAACAAGACUAAAGCUGUCAAAAAUGACAAACCAUCAAAGUUCACAAUCUGCAAUAGUUUACAAAGUAAAAAGUGAAAUAUUCAGUGAAAUCCGACCGAAUUGUGGCUCAUAAAAGGACGUAAGUUUUUACUUGGACAAUUAGAGAACAAACUGCGCGAGGCGUGUGUUUUAUGAAUGAACGACAGCCUAAUUCACUGGAACAUGAAGAUUGCUCGGCUCGGCUGCUGUGACCGACGUGGCCUUCCUUCAAUGCAUCGGAAAGAGUAUUAUAGCAAGCCCUUAGUUGUUCACUCGAAGGGCGGCCGAUGUAAUAUCUGAGGCUUGCUUCACUGCGAUGAGCGAUGACCGGGAAUCGCCAUGAUAAUCUAGCCGCGAUGAACCUCCGCAGGAUCGCAGUCGCUCUGACGCUGUCAUUAUUGGUAUGAAUUUUAAUAGUUAUGCCAGUCUUCCUAUAUUUUUCAUCAUUCCUGUUUUGUUCUAUUUUGUUUUUGACUCGAAACUAUAUAUACUGUAGGAGUAUCCGUUAGCUGUGUUUGAUUUUUAUUACCAUACGUAAGUUCGCAAAUCUAACUGAGCGUUACAAGGUUCAAAACUCAGACUGUCCAUUUCGUUUUCUCUAUGAGGACUUUCGUUUCUGCUCACGUUGUGAUAACGUAAAUUACGUCACUAGGCAUGUUUAAAAACCUUCGUUCGGCUCUUCUGUUGCCACUUGCCGGCUCGCUUGUUCCGAAAAUUCACUUUAAAUUAACAAAAAAAAAAAGCUAAGAAGAAGUCCCAGAAAAGUUCGGACAUAGUACAAUCUGGCAGAUGGCGUGACAGCUUUAGUUCAGCUUUAUACACUGUACUCUGAUAGAGAACGCUCUUUCGAUCAAUGACUACGCGCGUCAUAUCUGGACUUUAUAAAAAUAUAAACGUCUUGAGAUUGUGUAUACACUUACCCAAAAGUUCGUUUACUAAGUAAUGAUACGUUUGAUAAGGGAGUGCAUCGCGCGUUAUCGGGAUCAAAGUUACCUCGCAAACUUUAUUUCAGUUUUAAUUUCGAAACCUAUCAUUUAAUUUACAACCAUUUUCAAAAAACAGUCUUUCUCUAUGCAGUUAAGCCAAAAUUGGCUUAAGUAAGUACGGCUGUGUAUGCAUAACAUGACAUGUGCAGUUUCACCUCUACAGCGAGUUCCCGUCAAGUUUAGCGGCGACGUUUCAUACCUUUCGAGAAUGUUACUCCUUUCUAUUCCGAUUAAGAUAGAUCUCUUGGCGCUCAAAAUUAAUGGCAGUUAUGCUAAGCAAUACCCGUUUUGGAAAACUAUGACCAUGUAGCUCUCUCAAGCGACAAAAUUAGCUUUGGAGUUAACGAUACUUUUUUUCCCAAACGCGUUGCUUCACUGAGUUAUCAUGGCUGAAAACAAAACCGAGUUUUCCGACUUCAACUGAGGCCUUCCGACGUUGGGGACUUUUCUUUCGAACAGUAAAUAUUACUUUUGAAAUGUCCCAAAAGUGUUGUUCAAAAGAAGGUUUUGUCGCGGUUUCGAAAUUAUACAACUUUCAUAAGAAAAAACUGCGCAAUCUUUUGGUCGUAAAUUUUAGUGAACAACAAUUUAAGCAUGCUGAAUCGACAACGCGUUCUCGCGUAGGCAAGAAAUUCGUUUGUCAGUUUUUCCCUUCUGAGCAAAAAAUUAUACAAUGAUUUGAAUAAAGAUUUUAUCUCGAAAUAUUUCUUGAUCGUUUUUCCUUUGUCCUUUAUCCACAGUUGUUGGUUAGAACAUGAUUACCUGGUCAACCCGAAACAGUUGUGAUAAGCUCUUUUCUUCGUGCACAAUGUGUGCCUUUAUGUCAGAGUUACUCUCGGUUGCGCCUGGAGCAACUCUUACACUUCUCUCGUGGUUUCCAAACUUCGCACGCUAAGCAUGAACUAAUUAUUUAUUUGUCCGAUCGCCUUAGCUCUUGCUUUGCUCGCUAUUAAAAUUAUCUGCCAAUCUGUUGACCGAUCACAUUUCCUGUAAACAUAAACGCGUCAAUUUUCUGUGAAUUCUUCACCGAUCACAUUUUCGACACAAAAUUCAACCAGGCGUAAGGGCCACUGCAUCCACUUAUGUUACACUUUUAGCGUAUUGUCCGCUGGCCAGAUAACAAAUGAAGUGAAAGAUGAGUUGCAUUACUACAGUACAGGCUUAUUUCUUGGAGAAUGUUACUCCUCACCUUAUCAACCUUUUAUAGAAAAUUAAGGUUAUAUUUAAGUGAUGAUGUAGUUGAUAAUGUGUUGCAAAGACUGCGAAAAGUGCCUGUAAUUUGUUAAGGACAGCAGCCAGUGUGCUGAGACAUAUAAUCGAUGAACUCACUUUGGUGAAAUGAUGUCAAUUCUGGCAAACGCGGAUCAAAAUUAGCAGACAGUAUCGUUUGCUGUUAGUUCAACAGUUGGGUAUAUAACGGUGCUUUCCCAGCUUAAUUCGAGGUAGAAGUUUUGGAUGGGAUGAAUUUUGGUCAAUGUUGAGCGUUUGUGAAUUUUGAAGUUACCUAGGGGACAGGGUAGGAAACUGUAGUUUCUUUGAAAGAAAUUCCUCGUAGAGUGAAUGUUUUCUUCAUUGGGAAAGGAGGCAUGGUUAUUGCACUGGCGAUCCUGAAUAUCUUAAAAGUGCGUCUCCGAGUCACAUAGUCGUUCAUUAUCCUCAGCCUCAAUAUUCUUAACCGAAAUUUUUUUCCAAUCAAAAUUUUUAGGGUCGCCUUCCAGUAAAGUGGACAGCUUAUGAAGCACUGUUAUAUGGAAAAUAUACCACCAAAAGUGAUGUGUAAGUUCUGUGCAAUGAAGUUUCACUCCAUUUUCUGUAUUCUUAACUAUAAAGAUGUACUUGUGGCAGUGGUUUUAAAGGAUUUAUUGGUGGUGUUCCACAAGUCUUUAGUAUAAUCAGGUUAUGUAUGUUGCUAUAAGUUGUAAUACUUUCAAGGGACAGGAAAGCCGAAUGUUUUAAAAUGUCUGAUAGUUAUUGAGUUUUCCGCAUUGUUUUAUUGCCUCAUAGAUGGAGCUACGGAGUUGUCCUUUAUGAGAUUUUUACAAUAGGUAAUACUUAUCUUUUAGUUUUUAACGAUUUACAUCAGGCCAGCAACAAAGAGAGUCUCAUGCCCACAACAUGUUUUAACUGGGUUGAUGUUUUAUAAUAUUAAAGGGUGGCUGGGGUUAGUCUUUGAGGGGGAUCUUCCAUUCCACUUACUAGGUAAGGGUUAAACUUGAGAACAGAGAUUUUCUUUGUGGGUUUACUCACAAGAAAAGCGCUCGACAGCGUAAUUUUUCCGACCAUUAAAAGUUUUGUAUUUCAUCUUUUAGUGGAUCAUUGCAUCUCUACAUUUGUCUUUUUGGCAUUCAAUGCCAUGGAAAAGGAAAUUCAAAUAAUGCACACAUUUUUAAAUUAUACGACUCAUUGCUGGUGUGCAUUGGUCUUCCCGAAAGAAAUACCCGAAAAGAAUUUAUGUUAAAAGGUAACCAGUCGUUUCGUACCCACGGUCGUUUCGUGCCCAGCUGGUUAGUCUUGUACCCAGUCGUUUGAGUCGUUUCGUACCCAGCUCGGUUGUCUCUCAGCUAGACUUAUAAAGAAUGUUUUCCGCGUUCAGAUUGUUCAAAGUAUGGUUGGUCUUUUAUUGUGAAUAGCGAUAAUACCUGCGUUAAAUAAGUUUUGUUAACAUGGUGUCCAUUUCUGAAGCGUGUCCACCGAGUGUGUCCAAAUUACAUUAUUAAUUUAGUCGAUAAACUAAACCACCUAAUAUAAGGCCUGGAACCGAAAAAGGGGGGUCUGAGAGUCAUAAGACGGACGAGAAGAAUAUUUCUACCAGAAACAUUUACACUUUUCUCCCAUCCCCAAUUAACAUACAUUACAACAUAAUGCUUACAUUUAUUUUAUUUUAUAAUGGCGAUAACAAUGGUAGAAAUAAUAUCUCACUUACACUUGUUAGACGAGCUCACAAGUAUAAACAAUAGACUUUUCCAAUAAGAAUGUAACACUUACCUUGUGCUAAGCAAUAAUGUUUCAAAGAUAUACAACAUAAUUUUCUCUGUACCUCUAAUACUCGCUCGACUCUACUACCUUGUUUUAUGCAACAAUUAACAUCUGUUCAUGCGCUCGCGCAGGAGGUGUUUCGAAUAAAUAGGGAGAGUAAAAAUCAGGUGAGAAUCGAUCCGUGGCUUGGGUGCGACCUGACUCAAACUUUGGUACAAGCCGACUCAAACUUGGGUGCGAACUGACUCAAACUUGGGUACGAAACGACCGGGUUCGGGACGACCGGACGCCCUUUAAAAGGCGUUCCCUCUAAGAGGACCCGUUCCGUGUCAUUAAUUAAUUUUGAUCAUUUCUUCAUUAUGCCGCAUAAAAAUUCAAGCAUAGCUAUAGAAUUCUGCUUGUGAUGCAAUAGACUACAAAGUUUCUUUAAAUCAGGUGGUUCACCGUAUCCGCGGAUGGAUGGCAGGAAAAUUGCCAGCUUACUUCAGCAGGGAUACAGAAUGCCUAAACCACAACAUGUGGAUGAUAAAUUGUAAGUGGAAAAGUUUCUUUGAGGCUAACGCUCUAAAGAGACCUGAAAAUUUUAUUGUGCCUUUGAUUCUACGACUUUUAAGUUAUAUUUAAUAAGAGAUUAAAAAGCUUCAAACUAUUGCAUCUUUUUCUCCAUCAGUAAUUGAAUUUAUUCCUUUCUUUACGGAGAUUUUCAUUGUUUAAAAUUUGAAAUAUAUUAGCAUAUCGAUUAGCAUAUCCACAUUCGAGAAAAUAACAAGUUAAACAAUUUUGUGUGAUAGCGAUGAGUUCAUCGUGAAAACAACUCAUGUGUUUCGUUUCAAUUUGAUUUAAUAUACCAUACGUAUAUCAAGUACCAACCUGUUUUAAAUGAAACGUAGGUACGACAUGAUGUUGAGAUGCUGGCAAGAUGACCCGGGUACAAGACCAACCUUCUUUGAUCUAAGAAACCAGCUCAAAACAAUGGAAACAUUGCACAAGGUAAACUUUUUGCAUUCAGUUAUCUUACAAGGGGUCAUUAUAGAAUACGUCGAGUUGUUUAUAAAAUUUUUAAUAACAUCAAAGUGAUCAUGAUAAACUCGUCAACUAUGUUCCUUCACUCUCCAUCAAGUUGCUUAACUAAGAACAACUGAAGACUUCGUUCAUAGUUGCCAAGCGUUUGAGCAUUUAAUUAGAUAAAGUCAUGCAGAAAUAAAGAAUUCUUGAUGGACAUUGGGGAAAUUAUGUUAUACUUUUCUUUCGUCCACAGAGGCUGAUCAACAUGAAAAUCUACGACAAGCAGUUGUACGCAAACGUUGAGGAUUUGGUGGAAUAG